UUUAGGCGUGUUUAGGGUUUAAGGCAGUAACAUUCUAACAAAGGCGCACUUUUGCAACCUCUGUUUGCCUGUUUUCUCUUUUUCCAGAGAAGAGAAUAUGAUGGACCCUAACAAAGGGAAGAAACAGAAAGUGGAUGAAGAAAAUAGCAACAUCAUUUAUAGUGAGGUCGUUACUUCCAUUGACAAAUUGCAAGAAAUACAAGACGAGCUUGAGAAGAUCAAUGAGGAAGCAAGUGAUAAAGUAUUGAAAGUGGAACAGGAGUACAGUGAGAUCCGCAAGCCUGUCUAUGAUAAACGAAACUACAUCAUUAAAGCUAUCCCGGACUUUUGGUUAACUGCUUUUUUGGCUCAUCCUGUCCUAGGUAGGCUUCUAAAUGAAGAAGACCUAAAGAUCUUCAAGUUUCUAAGUUCUAUUGAAGUUGAAGACUCUAAAGAUGUGAAGUCAGGCUACUUGAUAACCUUUAACUUCAAUGCGAAUCCUUAUUUUGGAAAUAAAAAGCUCUCAAAGACCUAUACCUUCCUUGAAGAUGGACCCACAACGAUUUCUGGUACGACAAUAAAAUGGGAAAAAGGCAUGGGCAUUCCUAAUGUAGUUGCACAUAAGAAGAAAGGAAAAAAGCGAUCUCGUGAUAAGGAAAGCUUUUUUACAUGGUUCAGUGAAGUCACUCAAAAAGAUGAGGAUGAGGCCCUAGAGAUUCAGGAUGAGGUUGCUGACAUAAUUAAGGAUGACUUGUGGCCGAACCCGCUCAGUUAUUUUGAGAAUGACCCUGAUGAAGAAAAUUUUGAUAGUGAUGAGGGAAAGGACAGUGACAGCUCUGAAGACGAAGAGGAUGAGUUUAGUGAUGUGUCUUAUUGAAGAUAGUUUAAUCAUCAGAGUUUUGGUAUCGGUAAAGAGGCUCUUAAUAUUGCAAAAGAACAGAAUAACUGUGGUGACUAACCCCCCCCCGGUUUUUCUUCUUAAAAGGUUAGUUACCUUUGGUUAUAAUCUACGGAAAAGGGUUAUAUUUACCCCUUUACUUUUAAAAAUUGUUAGUAUGUGCCCUUCGUUUGAGUA